UGAAAACUGAAAAAUGCUCAGGUUAAAAGUCAGGUUUUCUUAAUUUCCACACAGUCAUUUGUUUGGAGGCUUCCCUGAUGGUUCAGUGGUUAGGACUCCGAGCUUCCACCGAAGGGGACGCGGGUUCAAUCUCUUGACUGGGAAACAAAGAUCCCACAGGCCUCAUGGCCUGGACAAAAAAAAAAAAAAGUUUUAUUUGAAUGUAUAAAUUCCCCUAUUUUAGCUUCAUCAGUUUUCUUUAACAGUAGCUGAAUGGGAAGAGAAAACAGAAAAAAACAAUUUUAUGUACAAGAUGACAUUCUGAAUACGUUUUUAUGACUGAAGAGAAAGUCCUGGAAAUGGCGCUUCUAUUGGCGCAACAGACACAGGAACAACAGGUGAAAAAGUUGGACUCUGAGGUAAAAAUGCGUCGUGUUCAUGGAUACGAUUCUCAGCAGUUCUAGGUGAGUUCUAGAACUGAGCUGGAAGAACCCCGGCGAGUGUGAGUGACGAUUCCGUCCUGCACCUCCCCGGAAUCCCCAGGCUCCCCACUGGAAGCUGUGCUCAUGGGAAACAUAACCAAGAGAGGCAGCAAGGGGCGGGCGGCCGACGGGCCCCAGGCCCCGGGGGGCGGCACGGCGGCCACAGUGCACGUCCGGCUCUGCGAGGCCAUCAUGCAGCAGGACUGCGCCGCGCUCCGGGCCCUGCUGAGGAGCCACCCCGUCAACCAGCCCGUGACCGUCCCGGUCGACUCCACGGGUUGUAGCAUGGGCCACUCCAGGCUCUACCUCAACCAGGAGACGCUGUCCUUCAUCCCCAUCCACCUGGCAGCCAAACACCGCAAGGCACAGAGUCUGCUUUGUUUGCUGGAGCACGGGGCUGACCCAGAAGUCCGGGACACGGAAGGCCUCACCACCCUGCACCUGAUGCUGCUGAACUGGCCCAUCACCUCAACCACAUGGACGAAGCCGAGGGACAGGAUCCAGAUGAUGCUGACGGACAUCCAGAGCAACGCCGUCCUCUGCCUCCGCAUCCUGUGUGCGCAUGGGGCCCAGGUGAAUGCGCAGGUGGACAGCGGCCACAGGCACUGCCCGCUGCACCUGGCCACCAUGUACGGGACCCACCUGGUCCUGCCCAUCCUGGCGCAGAACGGGGCCCAGGUCAACGCCCAGAACGGGUCCAGCAUGACGCCCCUGCACAUGGCUGCCGACAAACUCAACAAGGAGAUGAUGGAAACGCUGAUUGCCUGGGGGGCCAACGUCAACUGCGCCAUCUCCUCCACGGGCAACACGGCCCUGAAGCUGGCGGUGUGCACCGCGUCGAGCAAGGCCGGCCGGCUACUGGCGGCAGGCCUCGGCUGCAUUCGCCUGCUCCUGGUCCACGGGGCCCAGGUCAACGCCCAGGACCACGACGGUCAGGCCGCCAUCCAUGAGGCAUGUUUCGGAGGCAGGGAGGCGAUCAUCAACCUCCUGCUCAAAUUUGAAGCCAACGUGAACAUCUUAACAAGAAACGGGGAGUCUCCGAUAUACAUGUACCUCCAGCGUGGCUCCAACAUACGAGACACGGCCCUUCUCGCCAGGUUGCUCUUCCACUCUUACCCUCUGAGGCUGACCAACCACCAAGGAAACCUGCCUGCAGGAAUCCUGCUCCCAAAAUUCCACCUCCUAAGGGAAACCCUCCUAAAACUAACUCAGAAGCCCUUAUCCCUGGAAGACAUCUGUAAAAGAAGUGUCAGAAAUAUUUACGGGGAGAAGCACAAACAGCUCUUAAAGCGACUUCUCCCGGGGAAGAUCUGGAAUUCUGUCUAUGGUUAUCACGACUUAGCUCAUCUCCUGAAAUAAGACCUCCAAGCUGCACAGGGCCAGGGCUCCAGUGACUCACUACCCUUUUUGGCUAGACAUGUACCCAGAAACACCUACACCGUCACCUUAUACAAAUGUACAAACUACUGGUUCUUAAAGCUUUUCAAAAAAAUAAAGUGAUUUGCACAGUAACUUCUUCUUCCUAAAAGUCUUUUAAGAGCAUUUUCCAGGAUUUCUCUUUUGCCCCCAAAAGCUAAGUAAAUUAGUUUAAAACUCUCUGCCGAAAAAGGAGGGCUUCUCCAAUGGCUCAGCAGGUAAAGAAGCUGCCUGCAAUGCAGGAAACACAGGAGACAGGGGUUCGAGCCCUGGGUCGGGAAGAUCCCCUGGUGGAGGACAUGGCUACCCACUCCGGUAUUCUUGCCUGUGGAAUCCCAGAGAGAGAGGAGGAGCCCAGUGGGCUGUAUGUAGUCCAAGGGGCUGCAAAAGGGUCAGACACGACUGAGCAACUAAGCACCCCAAAGCAGUAGAUAUUUUUUCCUCUUUUUCUGGCUGCGCCAAGCAGCUUGUGAGAUUUCAGUUCCCCAACCAGGGACUGGACCCUUGCCCCUGGCAGUGAAAGCAUGGAGUCCUAACCACUGUACCACCAGUGAAUUCCAUUUUCUCUCUUGACAGUCUUUCAUAAAAAAUUGCCAUAGUUACUGCAGUUUUUUAAAACAGCAGGAAAAAAAAUUCCCAUGUUAAAUUUCCUUUAAGAGGAAUAAUUAUAGAACCAGAUUUUACCUCCAAGGUGGAAAAAAAAUGAGUAUUUUUGUCAGCAUGAAAUAUCUUUAGCAAAAUGAGUUAUAUUAGUACUCAGAGCACCCUCAGUAUUAACACCUGAAAUGAGCUAUAAUUUUCAAAGGCCCAAAGAGUAUUCCUUUUAAAUUUUACUUCAAGUUUUCAUGUUCCAGACCUAUGGAAUGAGGACUUACGUAAUAUAAAUGUAAUGAUAACCUCUGAGGUAAAUGAACAAAGGUACACAGUCUCAUUUAAUUCAGUGAACUGAUACCCAAGGCAUCCCAGUAAGCAGCUGUCAAUGGUUGAAUCUCCCC